AUGCUAAAAAUCAUUAUACCUACAGCUAUACUCAUCCCACUCACCUGAUUAUCUAAUAGCAGCACCAUAUGAAUCAACAUUACUAUACAUGGCUUUAUCAUCAGUCUAAUUAGCCUCCCACUCCUCAACCAACCACUCGACACCGGCCUAAACUUUUCCCUUCUAUUUUUCUCAGACCAGCUAUCAACCCCACUACUAAUUCUCACUACCUGACUCUUUCCACUCAUGCUAAUGGCCAGCCAGCAUCAUCUCUCUCAAGAAUCAGUAACUCGGAAAAAGUCUUACGUUACCAUGCUCAUCCUACUCCAACUUUUUCUAAUUAUAACAUUUACCGCCACUGAGCUAAUUCUACUUUAUAUUAUAUUUGAAGCCACACUAAUUCCCACAAUAAUCAUUAUUACCCGAUGAGGGAACCAAUCAGAACGCCUCAACGCAGGCCUUUACUUCCUUUUCUAUACACUGUUAGGAUCCAUUCCACUCUUAGUUACCCUAGUAUAUAUUCAAAACGUCCUAGGUACAUUAAACCUUAUAAUCACCUCUUACUGAAUCCAACACUUGCCCCACUCAUGAUCAACAAGUAUUCUAUGGCUAGCGUGCAUAAUAGCCUUCAUGGUUAAAAUGCCACUGUAUGGUAUCCACCUCUGACUGCCUAAAGCCCACGUUGAAGCUCCCAUUGCAGGCUCAAUAGUUCUAGCCGCCAUCCUACUGAAAUUGGGAGGUUACGGCAUAAUACGUAUCACCACCCUAUUAGACCCCCUAACAAAAUCUAUGGCCUACCCAUUUCUAAUGCUCUCCCUAUGAGGAAUAGUCAUAACUAGCUCAAUUUGUCUACGACAAACCGACCUGAAAUCCCUCAUCGCCUAUUCAUCUGUUAGCCACAUAGCAUUAGUAAUUGUAGCUAUCCUUAUUCAAACCCCAUGAAGCUUCAUGGGAGCUACCGCCCUAAUAAUUGCACACGGACUGACCUCAUCUCUUCUGUUCUGUCUAGCCAACUCGAACUAUGAACGGAUCCACAGCCGAACCAUAAUCCUAGCUCGAGGCCUACAAACCCUCCUCCCCCUAAUAGCAGCAUGAUGGCUACUAGCCUGCCUUACAAAUAUAGCCCUACCACCUUCAAUUAACCUAAUCGGUGAACUAUUCAUUAUUUUGACAUCACUUUCAUGAUCAAACUUCACCAUCAUAUUCACAGGACUUAACAUACUAUUAACAGCCUCAUAUACCCUUUACAUACUUAUCACUACUCAACGGGGAAAAGCCUCACACCACGCCAAAAUCAUUAAACCUUCAUUCACCCGAGAAAAUGCCCUUAUAGCCCUACACGUUAUUCCCCUAUUACUCCUGUCUAUCAACCCCCAACUCAUCUUAGGCCCCACAUUCU